GCCGCCGCCGCCGCCGCUUGGGGCGGAAGCGAGGGCGAUCGGCGGCCGGUGCCGGGCGGCGAGGAGCCGGGCAUGGCGGACGGGAGUCGGUCGGUGCGCGGCGGCAGCCCGGGCUCCAGCCCGGUGCUGGGCGGGCGGUGCCGCGGCUGGGCGCCGUCCGCCGUGCCGCCGGGUCACGGCUUCCGCAGGGUGACCCUGACCAAGCCCACCUUCUGCCACUACUGCACCGACUUCAUCUGUGGGCUGGCAGGAAACCAGUGCGAGGUUUGCAACUUCAUGUCUCAUGAAAAGUGCCUCAAGAAUGUCAAGAUACCUUGUUCAUGUAUUGCUCCCAGCCUUGUAAGGGUUCCAGUUGCACACUGUUUUGGGCCUCCAGGACAUUACAAAAGAAAGUUUUGCACUGUGUGCAGAAAGUCACUAGAGUCACCUGCUUUCCGAUGUGAAGUUUGUGAGCUACAUGUCCACACAGAUUGUAUCCUGUUUGCUUGUAGUGACUGCCGGCAGUGUCACCAGGAUGGGCACCAGGAUCAGGAUACUUACCAUCACCACUGGAGGGAGGGAAACCUUCCUUCAGGUGCUCGUUGCGAAGUUUGCAAAAAAACCUGUGGCUCUUCUGAGGUGCUGUCUGGCAUGAGAUGUGAAUGGUGUGGCAUUCUGGCUCAUGCUGCUUGCUACAUAAUUGUCACACCAGAAUGUACUUUUGGAAGAUUAAGGAACAUGAUUCUUCCUCCAAGCUGCGUGCAAUUGUUUUCUCGCAACUUCAGCAAACUGCAUUGUUUUCGAAUAUCAGAAAAUUUGCAAGCAGAAUCAGAUGAAGACGAUGAUGUUGAUGGGUCAACACAGGUGUCAACAAAAGAUGUCCAGAUUUCAACAGAUUCAAGUAAACAAACAUUAAAGAUAUUUGAUGGGAAUGAUGCAGUGAAACGCAAUCAAUUUCGACUGAUUUCAGUUCCAAGGAUUGCAAAAAAUGAAGAAGUUGUGGAGGCUGCUUUGAGGGCAUACUACAUAAAUGAUGACCAGCAGGAAUAUGAGCUGCAGACCUUUACGCAGCAGGCGCUGCUGUCUGAUGACGUUAUCAACAGGAAUGAUGCUGCAGAGGACAGCAACUCAGGCUCAGUAUUCCGAGAAUCCGUUCCUGAAGCUUGGAUCAUCAGAGCCAAACCAAAGGAUGAAGAAGUGAUCAGAAUUUAUCCUGCCUGGCUGAAGGUGGGAAUGGCAUACAUUUCUCUACGAGUAAAUAAGGAAAGCACUACACAGAGUAUGAUCAAAGAAGUGCUCCCAUUACUUGGAAGGCAGACGGAGUGCCUCCAGAAUUUCAAAUUGAUAGAAGUGCUUAUGGGCAGUAAGCAAGUUCAGCGCAUGGUCUUGGACAGUCAGGAACUGAUUCUUAACAGACUCAAGGACAUAAGAAAGACUUCAAUACGUCAGAUGAAUCAAACAAGAUUUUACGUAGUGGAAAACAGCAAGUCCAUUGUACGAGUAAAUUUAUUUAUUGGUGGCCUUCCACCUCAGCUUUCUCCUGAAGAAUACACAAAUAUUCUCAAGGAUGAAUUAGCUAUCAAAACAAAUGUAGUAUCUGUGAGUCAUGUUUAUCAAGCACAAGGUGCUGUUGUACUCGAAAUUUCAUGUUUUUCUGAAGCUGAAAGAAUAUAUAUGCUAGUUAAAGAUACAACUGUCAAUGACAAGCCUCUGAAUGCUGUGGUGAUUCCUGAAGUUACGGCUUCCAAGAUACCACAGAACUGCUGGCCUCUUCUUGUAUUUGUGAAUCCAAAAAGUGGUGGUUUAAAAGGUCGGGAUCUGCUGUACAGUUUCAGGAAGCUGCUAAAUCCACAUCAGGUCUUUGAACUCACCAAUGGUGGCCCUCUGCCUGGGUUUCACACCUUCUCGAAAGUCCCUUCUUUCCGAGUGCUGGUGUGUGGAGGCGAUGGCACCGUGGGUUGGGUUCUUGGUGCGCUGGAGGAGAUCAGACACAAGCUGGUGUGCUCAGAGCCCUCUGUUGCCAUCUUACCUUUAGGAACAGGUAAUGACUUAGGGAGAGUCUUACGCUGGGGAGCUGGCUACAGUGGGGAGGACCCCUAUUCUAUUUUGAUUUCCGUGGACGAGGCAGAUGAUGUUCUUAUGGAUCGCUGGACUAUCCUUCUGGACGCUGAAGAACCUGCUGACGGUGCGGAGAACGGUGUAGCAGAACCUGAGCCUCCAAAGAUUGUACAGAUGAACAAUUACUGUGGUCUUGGCAUUGAUGCAGAGUUGAGCUUGGACUUCCAUCAUGCUAGAGAAGAAGAACCAGGGAAAUUUAAUAGCAGGUUUCACAACAAAGGCGUUUAUGUGAAAGUUGGGCUGCAGAAGAUAAGUCAUACCAGAAAUCUUCACAAAGACAUUAAGCUUCAGGUGGAUCAGCGAGAGGUGGAGUUGCCAAGUAUAGAAGGACUCAUUUUUAUUAAUAUACCAAGCUGGGGAUCUGGAGCCGAUCUCUGGGGCUCUGACAGCGAUGACCGCUUCGAGAAACCACGCAUCGAUGACGGCCUGCUGGAAGUUGUUGGUGUGACUGGCGUUGUUCACAUGGGUCAAGUCCAAGGUGGUUUUCGAUCAGGCAUCCGCAUAGCCCAGGGCUCGUAUUUUCGUGUAACGCUCCUAAAGCCAAUUCCAGUUCAAGUUGAUGGAGAGCCCUGGAUUCAGGCCCCAGGACAGAUUAUUAUUUCUGCUGCUGGACCAAAGGUACAUAUGUUGAAAAAGUCCAAGCAGAAACAGAAAAAAACUGGAAGCCUGAAAGAGAUGAAAGUGGAUAGCAUGUCAGUAUCUGAAGGAGGACGCUAAGUGGAGACCUGUGCUCAGAAGCGAUGCAGCACAACUACUAUAGAUACCAAGAUGGUUCAGUAAAACUGAAUGCAGACAGCUGGUGAAGAAGGGUUGCUUAGGAGCGUGCCUUUCAUUGCAUUUUAACAGUACUGGGUUCUACUUCAUCUUUCAAAGACAGUGCCUCAUUGUUACAAAUAACUAUUAUGUACCACUUGCCUCAUUUGAGAUGUUUACUUUGGGUUGCUUUUCCAUAAACCAUUUCCCAGUUUUUAAUAUAUAUGGAACUGAGGCCAAACAGAGAUUCCAAGAUGCCAAGAUUUCUGCAUCUAUGUUCACAAAGACUCUUCCCCUCCUCCCAGCUUUUUCUUUAAGAAAAUCAUUCCAUAGAUAAGUUUUGGUGUAUCUUUCCAUAAAUGAAAAUGUGUUGUUUUAAAUUAAUGCUCAUAGUAACCUUCAAACCAAAAAAAGGCAAAGACAUGAGCUGCUAAGAACUCCUUGGAUAAGUCCAAAUAACAUAGCUGAAACAGUACUACCGCAGAAGAGAAAAAAUACAAAACACAGGAGAGAUUAUUUCUAUAAAAGGAGCCCUAUGCACUGGGAAGAAAGAAAGUACUAGAACAGUUGAGUCAAAAUAUUUCAGAGAGUUUAUUUCAACAGUAUUUAGACUGUGUGAAUGAAGGGGAAACAGCUUUUAGAGCAAGUUGUCAACUGAAGUUGAUAAUAGCCUGUUUUAAAGAACAUUUGAAUUUCAGCAGCUACCAUGCUAAAAAACGAACAAGAAUACCUGAGGCAGUAUUACAUUAUACUGACUGUUUUCUGUUGCUGAGACCAUUAUCUUUGACACCAGGCUUUUCUUCUUACCUUUAUUUGUGUUAUCUCAUUUUCGCUUAUUUGUUGCAGUUGGACUGUUAUUUAACAGCAAGGUCAAAGACUAAAAGAAUUGUCACUAAUUAGUGUAAACAGGUACUGUUUAGUGUUCAGUAAAGUGAAUUUGCACAUGAUACAGUAGAGCUGAACUGAAAUAAUGAAGAGUAACUUCACUGAGAAGACAGAGGAGGCAUUGAAGCCUGUACCGUGCAUCUAAUAUUCUGUAGGCUCCAGAAAACUGGGGAUGUGAUAGCUGUCAUGAAAACUCACUUAUCUAGUCAGCCUUCUUGAGUCUUCUGUGGGUGGCGUUAGCAGCUGUGGACCCAGGGACUUGGUGACUAUCUCUUCUCAGUAGGAUGUGUGUUUGCUCCUCAGAGGUUGCCCCUCUUGUCUCCUGUGAGACUGAGACCACUUCUCUGUGCUUACCCACCUGCUGAAGACACGGGAAUCCAGUAGUUCUUUUCUAGCUACCUGCUGGAGACUGGCACUAGAGCUGAUGUGUUGGUCCUGUAAUAUGCUACAUACAUCUGCUCCCUGUGGCUGCAGUCAUGUUGGUCAGUACUGACAUCUGACAUCUUUACUGCUUUUGUCCUCCAGUGACUAACCUUUCACUUCAGGUCAACAUCAUAAUGAGGUGCCCUCUGAGCACUGUUGGUUGUGGAGCAAGGGGCCUGUGUGUUUUUGCCACAUAUGUGCAUUGGCUCCCUGGAGCUACUUCAGCUGUGCUGGCAUGGAUCAGAGUCCACUUAGCUAGCCAGUGUGAUAACCUGUCCUCUGUUGCAUGGUAAUAACAAACUUGGCUGUGGAUGGCAUGAAUUUGUCACUCAAGUGGUAGCUUCAGGAAGGUUCCUCUGUUAGCAUAUCUAGAAAAACAUCUCCAGCUGCUUCAGGAAACUUUACUAUAACUUUGAAACAUGCAAAAGCCAUUGUCCUGUGUUGGAGACCAUUAUGUGGUUAGAUAGUUCUUGCUGGGUUUGUUGACAUCAGUCUGCACUCUGAGCACUGUGCCAUCUUCAGCAACAUCUGGUCAUUACCUGUGCUUUAUAUUUUCCAGUUACAGUACAGACAAGGGUGUGAAUGUGGGUACUAUAAAACAUUCAUCUGUAGCAUCAGGCAGAGGUACACAGCUAAGGCUAUAAACAAAGACAAAACAGAGAUGCAAAACAGCUGCCUGCAGUCUCUCCGUGCUGCCCAGUGAUUCCUCCUGUUAACAGGUGCUUACUGUUGUUGUAGAGAUGCAUUUGGAGGACUCCUCUUUUCAUUGGAGCUUAUUAUUUCAAUUGUUAGUUUAAUUUUUAGGAAUUAUCUUCAUGUACUACCACAUGGACUGCAACUUAUCAUUAUUCAACAUGCAAACUAGAUUUGUGCUGUGAAGGAAGUAGCAUGGACAGUACAGGAGGAGAUAGUGUCGAUACUCACCUGGUCAUUGAACAUAGCAUUGUCGCUGCUUCAGAACCUGGGCAGGAAGGAUUAACCGGAGCUCCCCCGGCAUCCUGGUACCAGUGUUACAAGCAGGAGGGGUGUGCUGUAUUUCAGGCUAUGCCUUCUCAGGAUGAAGCUCACAAAUUAGAGAAGAAAUCUUAAAUACAUUGCUGUUUGUAGUUGUCCAGAAAGCCAGAGAAACUGCUUUUUGUCCUUGGGGUAGUUGAAAAACUGGUUGGUCUUCUUUCUGAUUGCUAACUCAAAAAUGGAGAGGAAAACUGUUAACUUUUUAUUACAGAAAACAUGCAUAAACUUUCAAGCUUGUUGGUACUGACUAUCUUCUACAGCCCAAGUAAAUAAGCCUGUCUGACCAUGUUUUCCACAUGGACAUCAUCCUGCAGCAUGUAACUGACAGUGUUCAUGUUCUUGGCUCGUUAAAGGCCUGUCUGUCUGUCUCUGUUGCUCAGUAUCUGUUACCUAAAAUAACAUGAAACUCUUGGGCCAGAGUAUUUUAAUCAGAGUGCCUCUUACUGUGACAUACCCUUCCUUCCAUGGGGAUUUUCCGUACCUGGAAUGCUGUAGGAGCCUGUCUCAGGGUAGCAUUGUGUUAGUAAGGCAACACAGAAAUAUAAACAUGUUCUCCUUGCAACUGUCCAAGGAGAUCCUAGUGGAAGAUAUGAAGGCUUUUAGUUUUCUUUUCUCUUUCUCUUUUCUCUUUUUCCAUAAACUGACUCCCACAUGUUGUUUGAGUAGAUGAGUGCCACACUGGAAUGAAAAUGUAUCUUAAGAAAAACACACUUGGCAUUUAAGGUCUGUCCACAUCAUAGAGUGAUUUUUAGUAUGUUUUGAAGACAAAACAGAUUCCUGGGUGGUGGAGAUAGGAAAGCUCUUGUAAAGUUUUUAAAAGAAGAAGCUCUUUGUUGAAUGUCUCUAUCAAGACGUUCCAGUUUCAGGUACUGUAAAGGCCAGUAUAUCAAGGGGAUCAUACCUGUUUUUUUUGGUGUUUGUUUUUUUGUUUGUUUGUUUUUCUGACAUUUUUAUCACACUGAUUAUCUGUAAAGGCCUACUAUUUUCUUCCACAGGAGUGACAUUUUCUUGAAGAGAUCUGAUAAAACACUUUGCAGUUAAUACGAAACAUUUUCACUUAGCCUUCACACUGAACAUAACAACGCAGUAUACUUCACAUCACAGUGGGCUGAUACAUGAUUCUCAGCACUGAGUGGAGAGAGGAAUGCUCUAUGAGUACCUGGUGUUCACACGGCCAAGUGCUUUAAAUAAGGCAAUAAGAGAAGUACUGGGAAGGAGGCUCAGUUCUGAACAGACAGGUCUUAAUCAACAUCGGGGACACAGAAACAGAAAGCAUAACCUAUGGACAGGGUGGAGACGCAGGCUCGCUACUAUCUAGAGCACACACCUUCAUCCUGCCCUGCCUUCUCAGCUCAGCUACAAAGAGUGGCAGGCACACCGAACAGCACUAGCAUCUUUCCUGCUGAGCUCCUGGCCUUUUAUGUAGUGUCUUACUACACUUUCCUAGCAUAGGGAGAAGAGGGAUCCUGAAAGUCAAUGUUCAUUUCAAAUAUCCCACUGUCACAGACAAGGAAGAAGGUGGUCAGUUGGUUAAAAUCUGUUUUGAUGGGCAAAUAUAUUACCUCUGUCUUGAAUUAGAACCUAAAUGCAAAAGCUUAUCCCUGAGAUAAAAAUACUACUUCAGAAAAUUUGCUCGUUUUUCUCCCAUGACUUUUAGACUUGAUUGGAGUAGUUUAAAUUGCUGAUGCUUUCACUGCAUUGAUUUUUGUAUGAAACUGGGUUAUUUUACCAAAAACAUUUUAUUUCUGUACAUUCGUAUAUGUGUGUGUGUAUACAUAUAUGCAUACGCAUAUAUAUGCACACACCCUUAAAAUAGUCUUCCUUGUAUUUCCAUGAAAGGAAAUGGUGUGUGGUUUUGCAGCUCUUGCAAAGAGCACUCACUUCUGGAUCUUUCUCUCACCAGUUUUGGUCAGAAGGCAGGGCUGGCUUUCUUGCUGGUCCCACUGAGGCUCUCAGCACACAUUUGUAAUGGAUGUAUACUUUCCGACAUGAUAGCAAUAUAGUCAAAGCACAACUGUGUUUAUAGUUUCUGCAUGUGUACAGUUUGAGCCCCUCUUACUCUUCCUAGAUUUUAAUCAAGUCUGUGUGUGGUUAAAAUCAAUGGCAAUGGCUGUUGUAAUGUUUUAAAAACUAGAAGCUGUAGCAUAGUCAACUGCAAGACUUAGAUAAGGAACAAAACUAAAUGAACAGGUCCAGACAAUUGCUCGUUAAUCUUCACAGUUACCCUCUUCAACGUAUUGUGCAGAUUACAUUUCUGUAAAGAGCAAAUAAUGUACUGUGUCGAUAAUGUUUUGAAUAUCAGCUCUGUGGAAUCCCUGAGCAGUUAGGUGUGCACGUUACCUUGUAGCAGUCAGCUGGCACAUAACCAUCUCAUUUCCAAAUGAAGCCUCCUUCUCAGGGAGGAGAAUGUAAGAUGAAUUUCUGCAACACCUAAAAAGGACUUGUGUUGGAGACAGAACAGAUGUAGCUGCAUGGGUAUUUUGUAGUUUGCUCCGACUGUGUGUGCAGGUAUGCUGUGCAUUGCAUGGCCACCUGCCCAUGCUCCAGCACUGAACCUUGGGGUUGCACUGGCAUUGUGCACUUGAGAAAGCUGCCAGGAGAUAGGUGUCUUUUGAUCUGCACCCCGUACCUCUUCCUUACUGCCUUGACAUGAACUUUGCAUUUUCCUCUCCUGCUAGGCUGCCUUCCUGCCCUUUGGGCCCAACCUUUAUACUGAAACUGGUAACAAAACCAUGAGUGAGCUGGUUUAAUUAAAAAAAAAAAAUAAAAUAAAAUAAAAAAAAGGCUGGUGCGGGUGUGCAGAGGGCAGGGAAUGGAGAUCCUGGUCUAAAACUCUAAAACUCUGCUCUAGCUAUUGGCCUUAAGCUGUUCAUUGAUUUCUGCUUCAACUCUAUUUCAGCCAUUUUGCAGCUGUGCAGCAUUCAGCAACUACUGAUAUGCCUGGGAUUCGUGGUGGCAGCAGUGCCUCAGUUUUCAGCCCUUGACCUUGUAUUCAUCAGUGCAUGUAUCACUUCAAAGACUUUUUGCACUUAACAGUAAAUGCAGGUUAGAUGGUUUUAGGGUGUGGCAAAAUUGCAAUGUUUGUACUUUUUUGUAAAUACGGGGAUGAUUCUACAGAUAUAAAAAUGCACUUUGAGGUAAUGAUGAACACAAGUUUGUAGAACGCAACUGUUUAAAGUUUUAAAACUUUCUCUGACUUGCAGUGUUCCUUGAUCCCCAGCUCUGAUACUGUGUUUUCAAAAGCUCUGCUUGGGAAUGAGAGAUGGUAUCUUCCCCACAUCGCAGUAUGUAUUUAUAUCUGACUGACUGAAAAUUCACAUAUAUUUUUAAACAAUUACAAAUUGGCUGCUCUUCUAAGAUUUAGGCUUCUUAGUCUGAUUUUAUAAUGCUUUAGAGUAAUGUUAAAGUUUAUUUAUAAUGUCAACAUUUACUGACUUGACACUUGGCUUGUAGGAGAAGUCCAGCUCAAAGCCUUUGUUCCUUUGCUACUUACUGUAUUUUUGAACAGUGUAGCCAUCGUAAGUAUGGAAUGCAGUGAAACAAAUGCAAUUUAUUAAUCUUAACAUGCGGUUAGACCAGCAGUUUUAAUGUUUACAGGACAGUGACUAUUGAUUGUAAACCUAUACAUGUCAGUUGAAACAGUGCAUUCUCUUUCUGCAUUCUGGAAGCGCUGUUUCUGCUUCCCAUGACAAUUAAUAAAAUAGUUGCCUUCUGGUUUAGACUCCUAGCUAUCUCCCUGUAGAGAAAUUUAAAUGUGGAUUAUGACUUUUCUGCCAUUGAUUCAUAGGGCAGACUUUGUACUGACACAAGUGUUGUAUUGAAUGUGUUUUCCAACAGAUUGACUUUAUUUUUUGUGAAGAUAAUUUAUCAGAGUGUUUUAUAAGCAAUUCAGUGUUGUUAAAAGUUUGGUCUGAAGUCUUGAAAUAAAUGUAUGUAGAUAUCAAAGAUGAAUCCCAAAGCAAAGUAUUUUUAGUAGAACACUUACUGGUGUAGUUACUCCUCUGAGCUCUUCUCGCAACACACCCAUUUAACAUGUCACUGUGGCUCAAGUGUGUUAUUUCGGAGAAGACUUGAUUUCAGAAGAUGUGGCUUCAUUUACGUUGUGUGUAUCCUGUAUUACACUUCUGACAGCAACUCCAAAUGUAAACACCAGCUAUAGAAGGCUGAACUCCUCCCGAUACAAAUCACUGUCAGAUAGAGAGCCUGCCGUUGUGCUUGACAGCAGGAAUGCUACAAGUCUGACUGUCUGGCCUUUCGAGUCAUCUCUUGCUGUCCACAGGAUGUGCCAUAUGUUGGUCCUUUUGCUUUCUGAAGGAAAUAAGGCAUAAAUCAGACCGGUCCCUGUGUCAAACAGUUACAGCUUGCCUUGCCAUGGCAUCCCUUUCUUUGUGCUGCUGAUCUUGCCAAAUUGGGUAGCAAGAGGUGCUUGAAGAAUUACUGAAUAUUUAUUGUGUACUUUUAGGUGCUUAUGAUGCCUUCACUGCUAUUUUAAAAGAAAAUUGUGGGGAUCUGUAUCAUAGCAAUAGCUGUAUAACUCCAGCUUUCUGAACAUGCCAAAAGCAAGUAAUCCUUGAGAUAGUUUAAUUAUCAAUGGUGUAGAGAGUAGCAAUCAAUACCUUGAAUAAACUGCAAGUUCUAAUUAAUAGGAGUAUCUCUGCUUUGAAUGCAAAGCAUCACAGAGUUUGUCGUUUAGUAUAGAUUUCAGUGUCCCUCCUACUUACAAACCACUCGUGACAUGUUAACUCUUCACAGCUACUGUGGUUUUCACCUCUGGUUAAAUCAGCCAACUUCAAGCAGUUUUUCAAUAAGUGCUGUUUUAAUAUCAAGAAACUCUAAGAUGUUUUACAGCAUUUUUGUGAAUGUUCUAAUACAUUGUUAAUAAAUCAGCUUGGCCCAACAAGCUAAGGUAAGCUAACCAACAAACAGUUUAGCUAUUGUCUAGUGCUUAUUCUUUGUGCACCUGCCUGAUAAUUCUGAGAAAACAAAGUGUAAGCAUAAGCAUUCAAGUGGUCAAAAACCUUCCACAUUGUGUGCCUCAAACUGGUAAUGCAUUUUCACAUAUACUUGUGCAUUGGUUUCAGAAAGAGGGUUUUAAUGAUGUAACUUGUCUCUCAGUGUCUGCCUUGCAAAUCACUAUGCUGUGGUAAUUUGUCUACAAAUAACAUACCUAAUCUACUAAUUGGUUUUAAA